GCCCGUGCGGGGCUCCGGGGCUCUCGGGAGCGGGGCCGCUGCGGAGCGCGAUGGUCCCGGCGGGGCCGCCCCGCUCCUGCCUCCUGCUGACGGCCGCGCUGCUGCCGCUGCUGCCGGUACCGGCACCGGGGGCAGCCCCGGGCCCCCCCGCGCUCACCGACGCCGAGAUCGAGGAGUUUCUGCGCGGCUUCCUCGGACCCGGGGACGGCGGCGACCGGGACGGGGACCGGGACGGGGACGGGACGGAGCUGGGCUUCGGCACCGACCUCGGCACCGGCACCGGAGCUCCGGAGCCGCUGCCGGAGCCUGAGAAACCCAGGAAGGGGAAGAAGGAAAAAGCCCCCAAGAAGCCCAAGGAGAGACCCCGGGGCCCCAAGAAGGACAAGGACAAGGACAAGGAGCGGGGCAAGAACAAACCCCCCAAGAAAUCCAAGGAGAAGCCACCGAAAGGCUCUGAAAAAACCCCAAAAGGAUCUGAAAAAACCCCAAAAGGCUCUGAAAAACCCCCCAAAGGCUCCAAAAAGCCCAAGGAGAAGCCCCCCAAGGCCACCAAACCCUCUGGCAAGAAGCCACCAGUGCCACCAAGCCCCCCCACUAUCCAACAGCCCUCCCAGGGCAAGGAGGAUGAAGAGAUACCCGAAUUCCUGGAGCCUUCUCACAAGGAGGAGGAGGAGGAGGAGGAUGGAGGUGUCCGAGGAGAGCUGGAGGAGCCACCAAAUGAGCGCUGGGGGCUGGGCCGGGAGGACUGGAGCCCUGAGCCCCAGCCAGAGGUCCCCGAGGAGCCGGAGCCCCCGACCCUGGACUACAACGAGCAGCUGGAGCGGGAGGACUACGAGGACUUCGAGUUCAUCCGGCGGCAGCAGAAGCCCCCAAAGCCCCCGGGCAGGAGGAGACCGGAGCGGGUGUGGCCCCAGCCCGAGGAGACGAAGCCCGAGGAGCCCCCCCCGCAGCCCCCCCCGCAGGGCCCGGGGGGAUGGGGGGGGUGUGCCCGUGUCUGCAUGGUGAGGGAGGUGGCAUGUUCCCGGGGUGGGUGUCACACCCCUAGCAUCAGUGGCACGUUCUUGGGGUGGGUGGCAUGCUCCUGGGACUGGUGUCACCUCCCUGGGGUGGGUGUCACCUCACCAACAGCGAAGCCCAAGAAAGAGGAAGAGGAGGAAGAGGAGCGCUGGGUGGAGGAGAAGGGCCAGGACCGCAAAGGAAAACCCAAAAAACCAGGAGGAAAGAAGUGGGACCCAGAUGAGGAGGAAUGGGCCCCUCCAGCAGAGAAGAAAAGGUGUCCCCCGAUCGGGCUGGAGUCCCACCGCAUCGAGGAUGACCAGAUCCUGGCCUCCUCCAUGCUGCGCCAUGGGCUGGGCGCCCAGCGCGGCCGCCUCAACAUGCAGGCGGGCACCAACGAGGACGAUUUCUUCGACGGGGCGUGGUGUGCCGAGGACGACAGCCGCGCGCACUGGCUGGAGGUGGACACGCGCCGCGUCACCAUGUUCACCGGGGUCAUCACCCAGGGCCGCGACUCCCAGAUCCACGACGACUUUGUCACCAGCUUCUAUGUGGGCUUCAGCAACGACAGCCAGCACUGGGUGAUGUACAGCAACGGCUACGAGGAGAUGAUGUUUUACGGCAACGUGGACAAGGACACGCCGGUGCUGAGCGAGUUCCCGGAGCCGGUGGUGGCCCGAUACAUCCGCAUCUACCCCCAGCGCUGGAACGGGAGCCUCUGCCUGCGCCUUGAGGUCCUGGGGUGCCCCCUCUCUGCUGUCAGCAGCUACUACACCCAGCAGAACGAGGUGACCUCCACGGACAACCUGGAUUUCCGACACCACUCCUACAAGGACAUGAGGCAGCUGAUGAAGGUGGUGAAUGAGGAGUGUCCCACCAUCACCCGCAUCUACAACAUUGGCAAGAGCUCGCGGGGGCUGAAGAUCUACGCCAUGGAGGUCUCCGACAACCCGGGCGAGCACGAGACGGGUGAGCCCGAGUUCCGGUACACGGCGGGGCUGCACGGCAACGAGGCGCUGGGCCGGGAGCUGCUGCUGCUGCUGAUGCAGUUCCUGUGCAAGGAGUACCAGGAUGGGAAUCCCCGCGUGCGGGGCCUGGUCACCGACACCCGCAUCCACCUCGUGCCAUCCCUCAACCCCGACGGCUACGAGCUGGCCCACGAGGCGGGCUCCGAACUGGGCAACUGGGCGCUGGGCCAUUGGACAGAGGAAGGCUUUGACCUCUUUGAGAACUUCCCCGACCUGGCCUCAGCGCUGUGGGCAGCCGAGGAGAGGCGGCUGGUGCCCCACCAGUUCCCCAACCACCACAUCCCCAUCCCGGAGCACUACCUGUCCGAGGAUGCGGCGGUGGCAGUGGAGACACGGGCUGUCAUGGCGUGGAUGGACAAGAACCCUUUCGUACUGGGAGCCAACCUGCAGGGAGGGGAGAAGCUGGUGUCCUUCCCCUUCGACACGGCCCGGCCCAGCCCCCCAACGCCGGCAGCCGCCCCCCGCCCGCUGGACUACGAGGAUGAGCGCCCUGAGCUGCAGGAGACCCCCGACCACGCCGUGUUCCGCUGGCUCGCCAUCUCCUACGCCUCGGCACACCUGACCAUGGCCGAGACCUUCCGCGGGGGCUGCCACACGCAGGACGUGACCGACGCCAUGGGCAUCGUGCAGGGCGCCAAGUGGCGGCCCCGGGCUGGCAGUAUGAAUGACUUCAGCUACCUGCACACCAACUGCCUGGAGCUCUCCAUUUACCUGGGCUGUGACAAGUUCCCCCACGAGAGCGAGCUGCAGCAGGAGUGGGAGAACAACAAGGAGUCUCUGCUCACCUUCAUGGAGCAGAUCCACCGGGGAAUCAAGGGCGUGGUGACAGACCAGCAGGGAGAGCCCAUUGCCAACGCCACCAUUGUGGUGGGGGGCAUCAACCACAACGUCAGGACAGCCAGCGGCGGGGACUACUGGCGCAUCCUGAACCCGGGCGAGUACCGCGUGUCGGCGCGGGCCGAGGGCUACAACCCCAGCGUCAAGACUUGCCACGUGCUCUACGACAUCGGGGCCACCCAGUGCAACUUCGUGCUGUCCCGCUCCAACUGGAAGCGCAUCCGGGAGAUCAUGGCCAUGAACGGGAACCGGCCGAUCCGCCGCGUGGUGCCCGGCCGGCCCAUGACGCCCCGCGAGCGCAUGCGGCUGCGGCUGCGGCUGCGGCACCGCAUGCGGCUGCGGGAGCAGAUGCGGCUGCGGCGCCUCAACGCCACCACGGCCGCCAGCGGCCCCACGGCCCCGCCGCCCACCACGGCCCUGCCCUUCCCCUUCAGCAGCACGGCCUACACGCCCUGGAGCCAGGAGCCGCCCACUGCCGGCACCUGGGAGAUGGACACCGAGACAGAGGUGGUCACCGAGCUGGUGACAGAGACGGAGGGCUGGGAGUUGCACACGGGGACGGCGCAGCCGCUCACCACGGCCGAAACCUACACCGUGAACUUUGGGGACUAGGGACACGUGACCCCUCACUCUGCUUCAAGCUGUGGUUCGGACGCUUUGGCAUCCGCUUCCAGCACCUUCCCUGAGCCCAGGCAGCUGUUCCAGGUGGGCUCCAGCCCCUCACCUUGCUGCUUCCAAAGGACUGCAGGCAUUGUCACCAACAGCUGGGUGCUGUCAGGGACACGCUACCCCAUCCCUCGGAGCCGGGCAGUGCCAGCCCACUGUCCGUGUCCCAGUGGGGUGGCAGGGGUGGUACUGCUCUCCUGGGCAGGGCCCAUGGAGGCGGGCACAGCCUUUCUCCCCUCCAUACAGUUUUUGUUACACAAAUAAAUCAAGUUAUAU